AUGCUCUCCCAAGCAGCACGAAGCGCCCCCCGGGCCACAUUCAGGCCGCUACGGACGGUGCCCUACUCAUCCUUCCGGCUGAACCACACCUCGCCGCAGGAUGCGCCCCACCUGAACUUCCGCUCCUUCGUCGAGGCGCUCAAGCAGGACGGCGACAUCGCCGAGAUCAAUACCGAAAAGGACCCCAACCUCGAGGUGGCAGCCAUCAUCCGGCGGUCCAACGAGACGGACGACAAGGCGCCGCUCUUCAACAACGUCAAGGGCGCCAAGAACGGCCUGUUCCGCAUCCUCGGCGGGCCCGGCGCCCUGCGCGACCCGGCCAAGGGCAAGUACGGGCGGCUGGCGCGCCACCUCGCGCUGCCGCCGCACGCGGGCAUGAAGCAGAUCCUGGACAAGAUGCUGUCGGCGAAAGGGGUGCCGCCGCUGCCGCCGCGCGAGGUGGCGACGGGGCCGUGCAAGGAGAACAAGCUCUUUGGCGACGCCGUCGACCUCACGGCGCUGCCGGCGCCGCUGAUCCACGCCGCCGACGGCGGCCGGUACAUCCAGACGUACGGGAUGCACGUGGUGCAGUCGCCCGACGGCGCGUGGACGAACUGGUCCAUCGCGCGCGCCAUGGUGCUCGACGGGCGGCACCUGGUCGGCCUGGUCAUGGCGCCCCAGCACAUCUGGCAGGUGCAGCAGAUGUGGAAGCGGGAGGGGAAGAAGGAGCUCCCGUGGGCGCUGGCGUUUGGGGUGCCGCCGGCCGCCAUCAUGGCCAGCAGCAUGCCGCUGCCCGACGGCGUCUCCGAGGCGGGCUACGUCGGCGCCAUGGCGGGCACGCCGCUCGACGUCGUCAGGUGCGAGACCAACGAGCUGCGCGUCCCCGCCAGCUCCGAGAUCGUGCUCGAGGGCACGCUGUCGACCGACGACUUCGCCCCCGAGGGCCCCUUUGGCGAGAUGCAUGGAUACGUCUUCCCCGCCGACACCCACAUGGGCCCCAAGUAA